GUUUUGCUUCUUGAGGAACUGUGGCUGUGUGUUCUCUGAACGUGCUCUCAAAGAAAUUAAAUCAGAAGUUUGUCACAAGUGUGGUGUUCCCUUUCAAGAGGAAGAUGUGAUUAUCCUUAAUGGUAAUAAAGAAGAUGUGGAAGUAUUGAAGAAAAGAAUGGAGGAUAGAAGACUUAAAAGUAAAUUAGAAAAGAAAUCAAAGAAGUGUAAGUCAGCAGAAUCAGCUUCUCAGCAAGAUACCGCUGAAGAUUCUCCAGGUCCAUCAAAGACUAAGAAUGGAAGGGAUUGUGUCAAUUCCAGUUCUGGGGAAAAGAGGCAGAUUAUCUUCACCAAAAGUUCAGAUAAUGGAAAUUCAUCUGUACCAGGAAAAGUCAAUAAGGCUUCUUCUGCUACUGCGAAGAGAUCCAUUGCAGACAGCGAGGAGAAAUCUGAGGCAUACAAAUCUAUUUUUACAUCACACAGCUCAGCAAAACGUUCAAAGGAAGAGUGUUCCAAUUGGAUUACUCACACAGCAUACUAUUUCUGAAACAAUGAUGAGCCUGAUUGUAACAUUCAUUACUGCUUUCCUUCCCUAAGGCUUUUUCUGUACAACUCUGAUACAGAACUUUUGUUGUAAUCUGAUGUUAUCUGGGAUUACUCAGUUUGUAAGUUGUUUAUAAACUUGUGAAUAACGAAUGAACUUGUGUUAGUUGCAACUUCUGUUAAAUAAGAAAUAGAUCACCAG